UUUAUGGGUCGGUGUCGGUUGAGCAAAGUGAAUAGAAAGUUACGGUAUGCUCAUUUAUUAUUCAUAGUUCCUUAUAGAUCCUUUCGUCCUACUACCUGCAGGCAAUAUAGAGAGAGAUAUGUAUAUAAAUAUAUUCAAAUCCUGCUACGUGUCGCGAGUUUUUCAACUUUACUAUUGACAUACAAAAAAAACCGGUUAGUGGUAGUCGUGAGUGAAUAUGUUGAGUGCUGAGAUGAGAAGAUCAAUAUAGGUACGAAAAAACUCGGUUUUUAUAUCCUUGCAAGUUCCCUACUUUCACACACACACACAUAUGAAAAAUAAAGUAAUACAUCUUCUCGGUAGCCCAGCAGCAGCAUCCAUGUGUGUAUAUGUGUAUGAAUGUGUCCCAUUCAGGAGAUUGUGUAGUUAUUUUAUCGAUUUUUCUUUUCUCGAAAACUUAUAAUGUCGACGGUUUGCAUUUCAAAAGAAUUUUCAAAAUAAUCUCUUUCACCCCUGAAAUUAAGUGUGUGUUUGUGUGCAGUCUAUAUAUGUGUGUGUGUUUUACUAUAAAAAUAAUAUCGGUGUCUGGUAGAUGUGUUGGAAUUGUGUUCUUGUUUACUUAAGUGCGAAUAGAAAAAUACUGAAAGGCGCGAAAAACUCGUACAAAAUACCUAACCCUAUCAAGUGUUUGAAUGUCCUUUAGAAGGAUCUGACUUUCAGAAGAUGAAAAAAAAAAAAUAUACAGAUCCUUCAUAUUGAAUUGUGUGAAAUAACAUCAAAACGGAAUGUAUUAACAAGAUGCUAUUGUUUUGAGCCUAAAUAGAAAGAAAGCAGCAACGUCGUCGCAUCGCGUAGAAAGGACAUCCUUUCUGCUGUGCGCUUCCUCAACAUCCUUCCUUUGCUCACUCAAAAAAGGAAAAAAAAAAUAAAAAAAAAAAAAAACACUCGAGAGAAUAGGAGGCGAAAAGCUCGUGUUGUCCUGUCAGAGUAUAAGUGGAUUCUUUUAUGCUACUCUCUCUUCAAAAAAAACAUUACCAACGAAAACGGCAACCACAUCAAAAAUGACAUCAGAAAUGUAUCAGGAUUUAACAUUUGAUCGGACGGGUAAAAGCGGUAAACGCCCCAUACGUCCAAAGCUGUUAAAGUUAACCGAUGUAACGAUGCCACAUCGAAGUCGAAAGAAAACAAAAGUUAAGACUAAAGACCGCUCACAAUCGACAGUGAGGGAUCGAAUUUACGAUGACCCUGCCUACACGGAUGAUAUAAGCCAUUUGGCUAUACCGCAACGUCGUAGCAGUGUCUCUGUGGGAGGAAGUUCUGGGGGGAAAAUUGAAGUCCUCGGAGGCUCCUUGGGUAAACGAACAAAAGCUUCAGCGAAACAGGUGAAACAAUCAAGCAGCUAUGAACAAGAUGGUUCGAGCAGCUCCGAUAAUGUUCCCCCAGACCUUGGAAAACGGGGACGAAGUCUUGAGCGACCGGAAAAGUCUCCGAAAAAGCGUGAAAGGGAAAGUAAACGGGACCGUUCUUCCAAACAAAAGCGAAACCUGUCACUCGACAACACUCAACCCGGAAGACGAUCCCUCGAACGAGGUGAGGCAGUAUCGAAAACAGUUAACCUUGAUCGAUUCUAUCGGAGCUCUAAAGCAAAAUCAACGAUUGCUCCGAAACCAAGCCCAGAGGCUGAAGACUGGCCGGAAAUGAGUAAUCUCAAGGCUGACACCGAGGACGCAUUCUCCGUACGUGGAAAAGAAUCAACAAAAAUGCAAAUCGGACGAAAGUUCCUCAAAGGUGAAAUCGGCAUCAAAAGCUUCAAUUACUAUCUCCUCAAAGAAGGCCUCAAGACCUCAAAGAAAUUCGUCGAAAAGCACAGUAAUUCGUUGACAAGUGGUUUGGGUUCGAAGAAACACAUAUCCCGCAGCGAGGAAAACAUCUACGAGGAGAUAUUUUUCAAGGACCGAGCUUCAGAUGCUGAAGAACCAUCCUUACAACAUUCCAAUGAGCACACCAUUUACCCCGAUUGCGAAUUAUGCAUGCAGCAGUGCACAAAAGAGGACUGCGAGUAUUGCCUGCAGGAUAGUAUCAAAUCGAAGCAGCAAUUUGGGAGUUUGGGACGCAAUGACAACCGCAGCUCAUUUGCUGGAACAACAGCCUCGUCGUCGUCCAAACAACAGAAACUACAACAGCAGCAGCAACUACAGCAAAUACAUCAUCAACAGCAACAGCAGCAACAACAACAGACAGUUCCUGCGGCUCAUAUCCUUGAAUUCCAAUCGUAUAAUCCCAACAACCCGGGGGUAUAUAAAAUUGAAACCACCCCCGUCGCUAUAACAGGCGAAUACAAUCCGAUUUUGCAAUUCCAACAGCAACCGGAAAGUCACAAACAGGUGCCACAACAACAACAACAGCAGCAGCAACAACAACAGCAGCAUCAUCAUCAACAGCAGCAACAACAUCUGCCACCACAUCAUUCGCUUCAGCAAAUAAGACCGCAAUCACAUUACCAACAACCAGCCUUGCCACCGAUCCCACAGCCCCGUCGAAAUUCAAGGAUACCACCAGCGGGAAGUGCAUCAGGAGGACCUGCCCAACCCCAACCAUCACUGCCUCCAUCGAUGGCAUUUAUUAUUGGUCCUCCGACCAGCAUGCCCCAAAUGGGACAAAGAGUAAACAAUACAAAGUCGUCGUCAUCGAGUGACUCGUUGCACCAUAAAUACAACACGAUGGCCAGACUAGAGGCUUCAUCGUCUGGUGACCACCAUUACCAUCAUCAGCCUCCGCCGCCAAAUUAUCGAAUUUACCGCUUGGGCGGUCACCUGGGUGGUUCCCAGAUCCUCCCUGAACCUUCAUAUGAGCCGAAAAUCUACAAGAGUGACUCAAAGGUUUCCAUCAUAAGUGAGUACUCGGCAAGGAGUAGUGACAACGCCUCUCAUCGGAACUUCCGAUGCGGCGAGGUGAGUGACUCCAGCUUGGGCGAUUCGAUGUUUUCCUAUUCGACGCAGCAACGCAGGUACUAUGGUAGUUCGGAGAGUUGUCGAUUUGCUUUUGAGUGCAGACGAUGUAGUUUGGAUGGUGAGAAGUGUAGUUUCUCGGAUAAUUGUCGAUAUGAGUGCAGGAAUUGUGACUGUUCGUCAAGUUACUUUUCGUCGGAUUUUGACGACUUGAAUUAUGGCAGGAAGAGCAGCAGUAGCCAGAAAUCGAAUGAGUAUUUUAAUGAAAGCAAUUUGGAUUUGAAGCAGAACAAGUAUGCGCAGGACUUUUUUAAGCAUGUUAAUGAUGUGAAACGGAGUAUCUACCAGGCGGAAAUGCAGAGGACUACUGCGACAGAUUCGAACCAUGGGGGAGCAAAUGGAAAGCAACGAGAACAGCAACAGCAGCAGCAUCAUCAAUCGGGGAGAUAUCAACAAGGUCGUGGCAGUCCAUUUAGAAACAUAAAAGUUCCACCAGCACCGCCACCCUCAAUGUAUUCCACCCUACCAAUAGCAAAGGAUAGGGUAGCAGCACGCCCCUCAAUGAAACACAGUCAACCUGUGCCUCUGCCCAGAAGCACUGUAUCACAACAGAAUUUCUCUUCGUUAAGAAAACAAUCGAAUCAACAACAGCACCACCAACAACCAUCGGCACCGUCAUCAUCACGUGACUUUGGUGAAUAUGCCUCACUCGAUCGAACUGUCAAUCAUCGUUCAAAACCAACAACCGCACCAGCAACUCCAGCAUCAGCAUCAGCAUCAAACCCAACCACAGGCGCCAUACCUAAGGGCACCACACCAUCUUCAUCAUCGUCACAUAAAAGCCAAAAAGGUAACAAUGCCACAACAACUACCAACACCACCACCACAAAUAAUAACAGCAACAACAACAACAAUCCCAAAAAUCCAAGUCCCCAACCAAGUCCAAAACUUGUCAAAAUCAAGGAGAAGCUGGAUCGUCAAGAAAAACAAGACAAGCAACAAUUUUUAGUGGAAAAGUCAGCUAUGAUUACGGAGACUGACAAAAAAAUGAUAACCAGCUCUUCAAAGAAGACAGAUAGCUCCGAUUCCAAACAACAGAGGAAACGACACAAAACACCAAGUCCUGGAACUCCUGGUGGAGAGACUUCUGUUAGUGGAGGUGGUGGUAGUGGAAGCAGUGUAGCCGGAAGCACUUCAGCGAAACAAAAAGUUACCCAAUCAGACGCUGCACAAUUUCAACAAGCCCCACCACAGCAGCCACCACCACUCACUCUCACUUCAACCACUACCACCACCACGACUAAUGACAAGUCAGGCAACAACCCACAGUCCCAAAAGGACGAUAAAGAUGCCGUCGCAGGAUGCCGUCUGAGGAACAUUGAAGCGUCAGGAAAAAUCAGUCCGAUAGCUGCAAUCGCUACUGCAACUGCUACUGCUACUGGGAAACAACGCUCCACCGAACAACUAAUUGAAACCGCAAACAAUGAGAAUAAUUCCAAGGAUCCUACGACUGCUUCUGCUGGUGCUGAAGUCAGCACUGAUAAAGCUUCCAACAACAAUACCACUCAUACAACAGCAACAACAAUGGCAUUAGCUACUCUCGAUGCCGAUGAGGACGAUGACGUUUUCUACGAUGCAAGAAGUGAAGAAUCUCUUAGCGUUGGUCCGCGCCGUAGACAAAAAGAUCAAUUUCACUGCACCAGCAGCUCAAUAACCACUCCAUCCUCAUCACCUCACAAUGCAGCAACCAUUCCUCCAGCUCCAGCUGCAACCACUAACCCCAUAAAGGACCCACCAGACAGCAAAACCGAUGCAGUUCCAGGGCCUGCUAUUACAAGUCCCCGACUCCACAAAUCAACCAAAUCCACCAUCAGCUGUGAUACAUGUUGCCAGCUCGAAGACUCUCCCAUUCCAACUCCACGCAAUCCAUCACCCAUUGGCAACAGUGGCAAUGUUGCUAGCAACACAAAUUCUCCCUCGCCAUCGCCGCGCAAGCAGAGUGUUGAGUAUGCGCUAAGCAGACACAUUCCACAAAGCAACAAAUCACCAACCACCCCCACAAAACGGUCUGGUGGUGAUAGUGGUGAAAGCUCUCGCAAAAAUUCUUCUGCACACAAUCCACAGGUCAAUGAAACCAUCGAUAUUACAACAACAACAAAUGGCAAUGGCAACACAAACAGUGGAGACUUACUCCAAGUGAGCACACUAACUGCGGAGAGUACAAACAUCAGCAGCAGCUCCAACAAUGGCUCCCCAACUCACCACGAGACAGCAGCAACAGUCGUCUCUACUGCUGCUGCUCCACCAUCAUCACCAACCAUCAUCACCACUGCUCCAACUGAAGCAACAACAACAACAACAAAACCAGCAACAGCAGCAGCAUCACCAUCACCAGUUACCAUAUCGGUAACAACAACUUCUGCGGAGGAGGCUGUUGCUGGCAACAAAGCCAUCACCGAGCUCAGUCGUGAUUCGGAUAUCACAGGUGUCGUAGCGCCACCAGUCAAAGCAAACAGCGAACUUACACCAGAAGCAGCACUACGAUCACCUCGACGGCCAAAACUCGCCCGUCAAGACUACUCCUGCAUCGAUUCGACAAGUGAGGCCGCAUCAACCGAUGACAGCCAUUUGACUAAAGAUUCUCGUUGCAGUUCAACCGAUCGUACAUCAAUUGCUGACAAAAUUGAUAUCUCAAAUCUUCCGCUGCCAGCCCUUCCACCGAAAAAACGACGUAGUCGUUCACGUCCCUCCCUUGCCUCCUCCACCCACGCCCUCUCGUCAUCCAUUACCACGCCUGAGGAUAAUGUAAAAGAACCCACAUCACCAUCCGAUCGUACAUCCUAUCAAAAAUACGCUGCUAAAAGACGUGAAAGUCUGGAAGCUUCCACCCGAAGCUUCAACGAAAAACUCAAAGCUAGAAAAAUGCACUUUCAUAGCUUGAGUCAGACAUCGGCAGCGUCAUGUUCCCAAAAACCAACCUAUCUCUUUGGUGAGAAUCGUUCAACGAAGAAAUCGAAUAAUGAGAUAUUUCUCAAUAAAUCCGGUUGGGUUCAGGUGAAUUCGAAACGAAUAAACAAUGAAAACUCGCCGGGAAGUCACAAUCGACGAUCGAACUAUCAGCGAUAUGAUAAUCACCAGAAUGACGCUGAUAAUCUUAAAAAUACAAUUCGUGUUAUUCAGAUUGACAAUACGGGGCGUGAUAAACCGGUUUAUGCGGUACCCAAAGUGUCUGGUAGCAAGAUCGAAGAGUUAAUUUCACGUAAUGAGGCACGAAGAAAUACUUCGGCUACUAGGGGAUAUCUUAAGCCGGGCUUUAAAAUUGUAGACCCUCAAAUUGCUAGUAUUUUGAAUGAAAGACCCGGUUUUCUACCAGUUAAAAGCUACCUUGACUCCGAAUCUCCACCUCCAAUAACUCCAAUACUUUCCCCUCCGCCAGCAUUUCAAGAUUCCAAGGCGAAGUACGAACGUCCUGAUACUGCAGUCCGUCUUCAAAUAUCAACCAGUAUCAAUCCAAAGUAUGAUCCCAAUAAAGUUGUCAAAGGUGGAAUGGUUUUUAGUCGAAGUUUCGAAUAUGAUACUCGAAAAACACCUAAAGACAAUUAUGUGGAGACAUUUUCGCGUAGCUUCGAUUGUAAUCUAUCUGAUAAGCCACCACCCCAACGUGAUAGAUCACCAAAUUUUAGUACCCUUACUGGUUGUUCACCUAACUACUUAACGAAAAAGGAGAACACCCAGAAUAAAAGCCGUGAUAAUUCACCCAAAUACCAACAAAAUCUUACCACUGCCUACAUGAAUACGUCUGUGAAAGAAGCACCACCUGUGUAUAGUCAACCGAGGAAGCUCGAUAAAUCCAAGUCACAAUUCGACAGGAAUGGUAGGUCGAGAAAGGCUCAGUUUUCGUCACGUGUGCAGAGUGCCACACAAAUGGUGACGCCACCAUCGAUAGUCAAUAUGUCGAGGUUUCGCAGUUUCGAUACGAAUAUAAGUCAACGCCUUAACUCAUGUGAUAGCGGUGCACGAUCAGAUCUCUCCAAUGACGAACUGGACAAUGAGGAAGACGAAUCAACGGAAUUCCUCACAACAAAUUAUCACAACAUUUCACCCUACAAACAACAGCGACAACGUUCGCUAACACCCGAUCGCAACGAUUCGCAUAGUUCGUCGAGCAGUUUGCGCAAACAAAGGUCAAUUACACCGGAAAGUCGGUCAUUGACUCCUGAAGAUCGUCGAAAGAAGGGAUCACAAGGAUCUCUCGGCUCACGACAGAAUUCUGGUUCGCGCAGCAACACUCUGGAGAGAAAUAAGAAAUAUGAAGACAAAUCACGAAGUGCAUCAAGAAGUUCGUCAAGCUCAAGCUAUAGUGGAGGUGAGCAUGAUGGUCAACAAACUUCGACGCCACAUCGACGAUCAAAUGCUAGAAAUGCAAAAGCUGCCGAAGAUCAUCGCAUUCGACGAUCGAGAUCCCUUCAGUUAACAGAACGUUCACCGAACCGAUCACACAAAAUAAUGGUUUGCGUUGGCCAGCCAAUUCCUCCAAAUCAACCCCCAAUCUAUCAUCAGUCAUCUCUGAGAUCAUCCCAAAAUAGUGCAUUUCCGCCAACAAUUCGAACAACCACAAAUCCCCAACAAAUUUUGGUAACAAAUGCCAAUACCAAUCGCAAUACACGAUCAACUGAUGUUGAUAAGAGCCGAUCGUUUGACUUUGAUUAUGGGACUUAUAGCAAUCAGAAUGUGCCUAGUCGCCUGGACUUUGUCGACAAGAGUCGCUCCUUCGACGAAGAUUAUAGGGAAACAAGCAAUAAUAAUGGAAAUACUAGUAUAAAUAUGCGCUAUUUGCAAACCACUGAUCCUGGGCUGCGAAAAGUGCGUAAAACCUCUCCGGUGCCAUCACCACAAUCGUCGGGAACCAGCUCGAGCACAACCCUUGGACCACGUCAAACUAGCCCGCAAAACUAUGGAACGCGGCUGUGUGAUCAUGAACUGACUUACGACAUGCUGCGACGAUCACUCGACCGAUCACCGAUCAUGGACUUUAGUCGGGACUAUGACAUCCCUGCCUCGAUGAAAAACCGCGAAACUAUCAAUGCUGGUGGGAAUAGCGAACUGAACUUUCUAAGCAGCAGUGAACGGAUAUACGAUCAUCCGACGACAAAGCGUCCCAAUCAGUCACCCAGUGACAGCAACUAUUCACUCGAUCGUUUGCAUAAUUCUCGAGACAGUAUAACCCCCGAUUCUGCCAAUGAAUUCAAAUCGAUCGUUACCAGUGACGAGCGGCUGCGAUCGGAGUACCUUUACCGGCAGCAGCAGCAACAGCAACGAUCACAUCAAGGAACAAAUCGAGGAAGUUCUUGUACGGCUAAUACCUGUGAUUUUUGGCCACAUUGUGGUGCAAAUUACAAUCAAAUUGUGUCAAAUGCUAAAACUCAACCACAUCAACAUAAUCACCAACAACAACCAUCUCAACAAAAACAACAACCACUACAUCAUCCACAACCAAUUAGACGUCAAGCUAAAGCAAGUAGUAUUGAAGUAGCACAAGCGCUAAGACGUCAAGUUAAAGCAAGUAGUAUUGAAGUGUCAAAUCAACAACAACAACAACAACAAAAACAACAGCCAUUUUCAGUGAAACGUCAAAUUAAAUCUAGCAGUGUUGAUACGUCAAAUGUUCGUACUAAUGUCAUCGCUGGCAGUAAUGCCACUUUAAUUAGAUCAGACAGUAGAAGAAAUAAUACAAAUUUAAGAACUUUAAAUGGUGAUUCGCGUGGACAUUUAAGACAUUCAUAUCAAACUGAAAGUUGUGAUCGUGUGAUAUUGAGAAAUAAUAAUAAUCUAUCGAAGACAUCUAUUAGGGUGGAGGGGAAUACGUCGAGGCAUAGACCAAGUGUAGCUCCACUUUCGACAUCGACAAUGUCGAUAUUUUUGGGAGACUGUGAAAUGCCAAUUACGAGGGAAAGGGAAUAUCAUGGUUCGCCGACGGCUAGUGGAACUUCGUCGGGCAGUGGCGGAAGAUAUGUACAUUCGCCGAGUGGUGAAUGGACUGUGGUGGAUGGCAUGCGAUCGAGGACAUCGAACAACAAUACUAACAACAACUGCAACAUUUCAACGAAACCAAACUGCACAUCAACAACAAUUCCAAAUGCAAAUAACUCCGCAACGGAAACGACUACAACAACAACAUCAACAACUACAACUCCAGCAACAACAAUAGCAGCACGUGAGCGUAUCCGCAGUGUAUCGCUACCGAACAUCCUCAAUUUAUCCGAAUCACAAUUUGAAACAACGACAACGAAUGACGGUAUAAGUGUCAUUGGCAUAAGUAGCAGCAACGAUGUCAAACGAGAUUUAUUUUCUAGUAAUUUGCAAAGCCAAAUACGUGCAGUUUCUAGUCCUUCACUCUCUGACCACCCAUUGGAUGGUGGCAAUGCAAGGAAUAACAACCACCACAAUGAAUACAAUGUGAGUGGAAAAGAUGCCACCCACAGCAGCCUUACGACGUCGUCGUCAGCGUCAACAACAACGGCUGCUACUAAUGCAGUCCUUGUGAAUGGCCAUCGUGGGGCUGCUGCAAAUACAACAUCAUCUUCAUCGACGACAACAAAUAAUAAUAAUGCCUCGUCGGCUGGUGUUCUCCAGAAAUUCAAAAGGACAUUUUCGAAUUUCAACAAACAGUCGAACGGUGGCAGCAAUAGUAGCAGCAACUCAUCAUCGGCACCAUCAACCAAUACUACAGUCAACAAUACACAAAGUCUACAACAACAACAACAAUUAUUACAACAGAUUCCAGUUCCGGUAUUAGAGAUGAGUGAUAAUACUGCAAAAUAUCGUUUUGGACCGUUAAUUUGGCGUUCGAGUAAGGAACGUCGAAAGACUAAAUACAAUCGACGUGAUAAGUGUAAUAGUGGCGAUUCGGGAAUUCAAAUUGAAUUGGAAAAUGAUGAGACUUUUGCUGGAAUGGAAAUUAAUGGAGCCUCAUUGACUUCGACACCAAAGUCAAGAAUACGUCGUGCUAAUUCAGCUAAAGCGACCAGUUCACCCACUUCAGCAUUAACAGCCAAGGCCAAGGCAUUGAAGAAAAUGGAAAGCUAUGACAGUCGAAUGGCGCCGGCUUCGUUACCAGCAAGGAGGUCACUAAGUCAGCCAAGUGGCUUGGAUCGAGUCACGCGAACUGAUCUCGAUGAAAGUGAUACCGAUAGUGUGUCAUCGCACCCUGACUGUCAUGAAGCUCAACACCGUCCAAUGUACGCCGAAGUAAUGCACAAUUUUACUCCGGCCGGUCAGCAAGAACUCGCCCUUGUACGUGGCAAUCUAGUCGAAAUACUCCGCAAAGAAGUCGGACCCUGGUGGUAUGGUCGAAUAAAAAGUGAUGCAGUCGUUGAGACCCUCUUCGAGCCACAAUUGGGUUGGUUUCCCAAAGAUUUUGUACGACCCAUUCAAUUUCCUGAAUCUGAUGGCACUUUCACUUAUCGCCAACGUAAACUCACUUCACCAUCGCUCGAUGAUACUCUUGUAGCAGCCACAUGCAGCAUAAGUCCAAAUAAUGUGACCACAAUUGUUGUGGAUCAUCCAUCGCCCGAUGCCAGUCCAAAGAAAAUUCAAUUAGAAAAUGCCUGCCUUCGAAAUAAUGCUGUCAAAGAACUCCUUGAAACUGAGAUAAAUUAUGUUAAAUUAUUGGGAUCUCUGUGUACUGGUUACCUCCCAGCAAUGAGAAAACGUAUUGAUAUAUUCUCAACUGAAAGUCUGAAUUUGAUAUUUUCCAAUAUUGAAAAUAUUUGGAAGUUUCAGCAGAGUUUUCUUGAUUCUUUAAGACGUGGCAUUGAAAUGGAUCGUAUUGCACAAGUGUUUUUACGACAUCAAUCUGGAUUUUUGGUGUAUUCAACAUAUUGCAAUUCUUAUCCACGUGCACUUAUAGAGCUAGAGACUUAUGCACGCAGCAAGGAAGCUAAAGUUGUUUUAGAAAAUUGUCGACAAGCUGAAAAUCUUGCUGAAUUACCAUUGUCCGCCCAUUUACUUGCUCCAAUUCAAAGAAUUUGUCGUUAUCCACUCCAUUUGGCUGAGCUAAUUAAAAAUUCCUAUAACAAUGGCAAUGAGAAUGGUGAUUCGUCCAUCGAUGAAAUCGAUGCUAGUCUAUUGGAUAUAGUUGAUUCGAAAGAAAUGCUUGAAGCAGCUUUAAAAGCUAUGAAAAAGGUCACCGAAGCUGUCAAUGAAGGAAAACGGCAUAGUGAAAACUUAGCCCGCCAUCAAUCAAGUUUUGAAAAUUUCACCGGACCACCAUUACAUUUCCAUAGUACUCGUUACUUCACCCAAAUCGAUGCAACUCGUGUCUCACCGAAUCUCUGGAACAAUACCUACACACUGUUUCUUUUCGACCAUCAAUUGAUUUACUGCAAAAAGGACAUUCUCAAGCGUAAUCAUUUCAUCUAUAAAGGUCGAAUAUUUUUAGACAAUUGUCGCAUUUUGAAUUUACCUGAUGGUAAAAUAUUUGGUGCCACUGUUAAGAAUGCUCUGCGAAUCUAUUGUGAAUCUCGAAAUAAAUGGUUUGACUUCAGUUUUCGAAGUGCAAAUCGUAAAAAACGUUUCCUCAGCACUCUGGCUUUGGAACGACAAUUUUGUGGAAAGAAUCUUUUCAUAUCCGAGUUGGCUGGCGAAGAAGAUGAUAAUUUGUCAGAUCGCGAAUAUCAUAGUGACUAUGAAGCAAUGACUACGACAACAAUUCUUACGCCAACAUCCGCCGGAGAGAAUCACUAUAGCAGUGUACAAUUAAAUUGGAAAGAGAAUAUCUAUGAUGAAAAGUCACCUGAAUCUCCGGCAAAGCAACAAAAAUACAGCGAUACUCUGCCAAAGAAGUCUCGACAAAUUAACUCGAAAGAAGGUUAUGAAUAUAAUACUGGCUCGCUGGGACGUCGUCGGAUAGGCAAUUGGUUUAGGAAAUCGAAGAGUACAAAUUCGACGCCUAAUCAAUCUCCAACACACAAUCCGAGUGUGAUUAUUUUCAAUUCAGAUAGUUCUUCGCAAAGUAGUCCGGCAUUGGGAAAGAAUAAAACAAAAGACUUUUCAGGUUCAUCAUCCUAAAAGAAUGAUAUGCAAAUAUUGUAAAAUGAAAAAAAUAGAGUCGAACUCGAUUUUUAUUUAUACACAAAAAUAGCUCCAACAAAAAAAAAACAUACAUAUUAUUAUACAUAGUUCUGAAGAUUUUUAAAAUUGUGUGUCAAUUAAGAGAGAAUAAAAAUUGAAAAAUAAAUUAAAAAAAAAAAAAAACAUUAUGUUAAUUGUAUAAUUUAUGUGUUAUAAAAAAAAAGUAUAAAUAUAUAUUCUAUUGUUAAUUAAUUAAGCACAAAACAAAAACAAUAAGCAAAACAAACAAACCAACAAUAUACAAUUUUUAUUAACAUUUUAUUUCUUUGUACUUCUAAAUUUGUUUUUUCCCUUUUUUAUUAUUAUCUAUUUAUUUUAUUUUGUAUAGUUGUAAAGUUAACAUUUAAUUAAGUUGUAUUUUGUUUUUAAAUUUCUUUUUAAUAUUUUUUUCUUAAACCAGAGCUAAAGGUUUUUCUUUUAUAUUUCUGUUUUCUAUUGACUCCUGGAUGAAGAAAUAGAAUUUAUCGAAAAAUUUAAUGGGAACAUUUUUAUGACUUAUUUGUUAAGGGAAGAAAAAUGUUUUUGUUUUUUUUUAAUAAUAUUUAAGUUCUUAUAAUAAUUAAUAAAAAUACAUAAUUAAUAUUUUUGUUGAUAAAUUUAAGAUUAACCUGAAGGAACAAAUAUUUUAUUUAAUGUUAAUUUAAUUUAAACAAAACAAACAAAAUUAUUAUAAAUAAAUUCAAAUUUAAUUUUUUUAAUUAUUGAGUUGAAUUAUUAUUUUUGGCCGGCACUUUUCUUUAUUGUUUUUUACACUUUUUGGUGAUAGCAAAAAAAUCAAUAGAGGAGAUUUUGUAUUAGCCUUUUGGUUGAUGAAAUGGAAUCUUGAUAAAAUUAUUUCACUUGUUUUCAUUGUUUUUUUUGUUUUCAUUGUAAAUGAUGUUGGGCAACAUUAUUUUCUGCAGAAGAAAAUCAUAAAAAUCAAUUUGUAUGUAUCAAAUUUAGGAGAGGGAUAUUGGUAGUGUUUAUAUUUUCAUCUAGCUUUCUGAGUAACAGAAGAUGAGGCUUUGUUUUUCUAAAAUUAUUUCAUUUACUUAAAAUGGACUCUAUUUCAUGGUAAAACACAAAAUGUGUUUUAGCCAUUUCUGUUACCAUAUCUAUCUUAAGGUCUCGGUGUAAUCCGCUAUUUUCUAUACAAGGAAUCAUUUACUUAUCCUUAAAGAGCUUUAUUUUUGACUUUUUGAACGAUUUCGUAUGCUAUUGGAUUUUAUAUCUUGAAGUAAGUAUUGAUAAUUUUUUUUAUAAAUAAAUCAGAAUAUUUAUACAGUAACAUGUACAGUACAUUUUGUAAGUCCUUUUCUUGUUGUAUUAAUUGCAGUAAUAUAAAAUUCAGAAUUAAUAAGGAAACAGAAAUAUGGUUAAGAUUUGGAUGAUGGACUAAAGAAAAGUCCAUCAGCAUGAUUUUCUUUGAAAAAGAUCAGGGUUUUUGAUUUGCAAUGAAAAGCGCUAUUAAAAUCGGUCUGAGUAGAUUAUACAAUGUAAGCAACCAUUCAAGAGGUUUUGCAAUGCUUUUUUGAUUUUGUCCUUUUCUUUUUAGUUUAUCAUAGAAGGUUUGUGUGAAAGUUUAGUCAGAUGAUUUGGAAUAAGUUUUCUUUCUUCGAUAACUUUAACAUUUUCAGUAGCAAUGAUUCCAAAAAAAAAAAAUAUGUGGAUUAAGAGGUAUUGUUCUGUAGGAAAUUACUUUUGUUGCUGGAUUACCUUGCUUAAAAUAAGCAACAAUUGUUUUUUAAUAUUAAAAAUAUGUAGCUCAUAUCAAAGCUAAAUUUAUGCAGGCUUAAGGUGGGUCGUAAGAUGGUGAUAUAAUAUGAUUUUCCAAUUUCAAUGCCUAAUGAAAACGUAGACUUGUUUUAUUUCGUGGUCAAAUUGGUCAAUUUAUUUUAUAUAAUUAUACCACUUUUAAGCCUUUUUUUAGCAUUUAAUACUCAACAAAAUAGAACAUAGUAUGGAGCUAAUGCAAUGGUUUUUUAGUUAAUCCAAAAUCUUCAGGGUCCAUAGGGUUCCUUAAAUAGGGACUGAUCGACUGAUCCUAGGAUCUGUUGUUUUCGAUUUAAAAAAAAUCUGCUUUCUCUCACCCACUCUUCUUGACAUCUACUCUGGUGGCAUUCCGAAAAAAAACGGAAACGAUACUCCCCUGGAAAUUCACGAUAGUACCCACUGUCACCUAGAAACUGGCCAUAAGACAAACUUCAAACAAUUUUUGUAGACGGAAAAAACUGCAAUCGUUAGCUAUUUUAGUGACAACAAACGAACCAUCCAUUUCCUACGAGCACGGAUUCUGAUUUUUGGUACGUUUGUUUGUUGUAUUUUUCAUGAUAACUCCGCACAGAUAUUUAUCUUCUCUAUAGUGGCCUUAUCUUCCCUAUGUGGGUUUAAAUGCUUUAUUGGAAGGUCCUUUUCUAAAGUUUUACUUCUCUAGCUGCUGGUCAAUGUUUAAUUAAAGAUUCGAUUGGAAAUUCUCUUAAAUCAUCCCCAACAUUUUUUCAAAAAUCUUACAGUAUACCUAUUGCUAAGAGGGUAUUUAAUAUUAAUACUCACCCAAGAUCACUUGUAAUAGAUAUUUCUCUGAAGAAAUUGUAUCUAUGAUUGGAACAGAAAUGAUUUUUUUUAAGAAAAUUUGUUCAAGUCAACAAGUUUACAUUUUUGUAAAAAUCAAAUAAAAUUGUUUUCAAAAAUGAAUCUCCUCAAAAAUGAUACAUCCCUAUAAGCCAAAAAAAAAAAAAAACAAACAAACAAACAA